UGUAAAGAAGAGGCAACAUUGAAUGACGGACAAUUUUUGACAUCUAUCCAACUCAACUCUCAGAAUCUUCACAGUUAAGGAAUUCUUCACAGUUAAGAACUUUGGCCACUUGCUCAUGACACGGCCUCUCUGAUUAUGGACAAAACUCACUAUCAAUUUUUUGAUCUCUAAUAUUGCUACCCCAUUCCCCUGAGUCCCACCUGAUUCCAAUACAAAUAAUGGAUAAGUACACAGAAUCAGCACCUACCUUGCAGGUAGAGCCUUCCUUUCUUCAGGGUGAGAAUCUGAAUCAGCAACCACAAAUACAGUGUCUGACAAAGGAGAAUCUUGACUUUGGAGACCAGGUCAUGCCUACUUUGGCCACACCCAUGAUGCCUGUACCCUGCUUACUUGAGCACUUUGCCCAGUUUCAUGGUGACCCUGCCAGUCUCUCAAGGUUUCUUGCUCAGAUAACUACCUACUUGAAUGCUCUUAAGAAGAAUAAUCCUGCAGAUGAUGACCAAGUCAAGCUCAUUUUUGACUAUAUAUCUCAGCAGAUAGAGAACUGUAGGAUCACAUCUGGACCAAACCAAAAUGCUAUGCUGAAACAAUAUGAGAACUUUGUUUUUGAGUUCCAACAGUCAUUUGGUAAACCUAAAAAACAAGAACUGAACCCUCUGCUGAAUGCUCAAGUUGUCAAAGGGAAUGCCUGUUCUCAGCAGGCCACCACUACACCACACCUCCUAGCCUCAAAUCCAAGCUCUAAUGAAGCUGACCAGAGUGAUCUGUUCCAAGAGGGACUGCCUGUUCCCAUGUUGGUUGAAGAAAGUGUCACUGAUAUGGACAACCUCCCAGAUCUCAUCACUCAGUGCAUUCAGCUGGAAAAGGAACGUAAUCACAGACCAGAGAUCCUACAGUCACAGACUCAGCAACCUGUGUUGGCUUCUUCGAUCCACCAUGAAGCCCUCUCUUGCUCUUUAAUUCCAUCAACCAAGGAAGAGCCUAUACAGCUGAGAGUAGGCCAGCUGCCUCUCACCCCAGCCAAACGUGCCCGCCAACAAGACACUCAGUUGUGUCUCUACUGCAGCCAGUCUGGUCAUUUCACAAGAGAUUGCCUUGCCAAACGUUCUCGAGCCCCAGCAAGGACAAAUAACCCACCUUUCCAGUAAGAAAGGCCCAGGAAGAUCAUUUUGCAAGCUUAGUAUCGCUCUCACCCCCAGCCUUACUGACUUAUAUCCUGCAUUAACUUUCAAAAUACUAAUUAGGAACUGUGUUACCACUUUAUGACUGUGAAUUUGUGCUUCUGAGAAUUUAAGCAACCAGAUCUUGCUCACUGAGAAUUGAUACCUCACCAAACCUAACCAAUGAUGAUUGCCAUUUAUAGGACUUUCUGCAGUUGGGACCAGUUCUGCAAGAAUAUUGAA